AUGGCCGACAUUGAAUCUAAAUCUCACCCACCAGACGCGCCGCCCGACGGAGCAGCUCGGUCCAUCGAGACCGGCGUUUCAAUCCGCAUCAGAUACGGCGAGACAAGACGCGGCCUCCCCCCCGGCCACGUCCAGCUCAUGGCCAUCACGGGAUCCAUUGGAACAGCCCUCUUCGUCGGAAUCGGCGGCAGACUAUCUCAGUCCGGCCCACUCUCCCUCCUUCUGGCCUUCACUCUGUGGGGGACGCUUUUCAUCUGA